UAUUGAUUGCCUUAGACGUCUUGUAUAGAAUUACAAUUACAAUUACAAUUGCAGUAAAACAGUUCAACGAAGAGAGGCGUUAACCUCCUUCAUCCUAAAACAGACCUCCGGGAAAAAAAAGAAAAGAAAAAAAAAAAACAGAAAAUACAGAGAGGAAACGGCAAUGAUGAAUGUCGGUGGCGGAACAGCCAGCGACGAUGGAGCCUCCGCCGUGUCGCGAUGGAGCUUUACCCUCUGGAGGCAGUAUCAACACAUGCUAGACAAGUCGACGCCGCUAGUGCUCCGCCGCUGGAUCAUCUUUUCUAUUGUUGUGCUCAUCUAUGCUUUGCGGGUGUACCUAGUCCAAGGAUUCUACAUCAUCACCUACGCACUCGGUAUCUACAUCAUCCAACUCCUCCUCGCCUUCCUUUCCCCGCAGGUUGAUCCCGAGAUCCACGAGCUUUCCGAAGGUCCUACCCUCCCCACCCGGGGCUCCGACGAGUUUCGCCCUUUCGUUCGACGCCUCCCUGAAUUCAAGUUCUGGCAUUCACUGACAAAGGCAUUCUGUAUUGCUUUUGUGUUGACAUUCUUCAGUGCUUUUGAUGUGCCUGUUUUUUGGCCAAUUCUAUUGUUCUAUUGGAUUGUGCUCUUUAUCACGACGAUGAAGAGGCAGAUAAUGCACAUGGUGAAAUACAAAUAUGUCCCCUUCACAUUUGGAAAGCAGCGUUACACAGGGAAGAAAGCAGCAGCCUCAUCUGCGGAUGCACUUUUGGUAGACUGAACCAAAUAGUAUGGUAGAUUAUGAUUUUCAUUGAGAAGCAGACAGGGUUAGAUUAUCUGGUCAAGUAUUUGUUUUCCCUAGGGAAAUAGCCACAUGAGAUGUACUCAAUCUCUGGUUUAAUAUAUCUCCUUUUUCUAAUUCUCAAUGGAUGGGUAGUCAGUCUUGGUGUUACAACAUCAAAGCUGCUCAACUCUCUUUGUUUUGUCAUGUUUGAUUGAUUAAUUUCAUAUUGCUCUGCCUUGUUGUUUAUAGUGAGCAGUAUUCUAUUUAUAUUAUGUAUUGUACUCUUUGAUUUUUGGACAAGGUAUUCUGCCUUGAGGGUCUGCAUUUGAACAUGGGAUGAUAGGUUAAUGGUUUGGAUAACCUUUAAGUAUGAUUAUAUAAUGGAAUAAUGGAUGGAUAAAAGUAUUUCAUUAAUCAAUCUAUGAUCCAAUAAAAGUCUAAUUCAUCCCGUAAUAAUCUUCCAUGCUUGGAUAUCCAGAUUUAGUACAUCAGCAACGGAUUUGAGGGACCUAGAUGUUUUUUAAAAUGUAGUAUUUCAUUGACUUGAAAGAAGAGACAUCAUCAUUCAUGCUUGCAAGUUGCAAGCAGGU